AAAAGGGCAGUCCAAGAACAGCUGGAUUCAGACUUCGACGAGACAGGUGUGAUCUUCGCAACUCUUCAUCGACUCACCUGAGUAGAGUGUCGGACAUCCUCCACUGUGGUCAUAAACUUUCAUCAGACAGACGCAACACCAGAAAAACAGGGAACCAUGAGUGACGAAGAUAUUGCCCUGGUUGUGGAUAACGGUUCCGGCAUGUGUAAGGCAGGCUUUGCGGGGGACGACGCGCCCAGGGCCGUCUUCUCGUCACUUGUAGGACGGCCUCGCUAUCAGCCUCAAAUGAUCGGCAUGGGUCAGAAGGACAGUUACGUCGGUGACGAGGCCCAGAGCAGGAGGGGUAUCCUGACCCUGAAGUACCCCAUCGAGCACGGCGUCGUGACGAACUGGGACGAUAUGGAGAAGAUCUGGCACCACACCUUCUACAACGAGCUGCGUGUCGCCCCAGAGGAACAUCCCGUUCUUCUGACGGAGGCUCCGCUCAACCCGAAAUCCAACAGGGAAAAGAUGACACAGAUCAUGUUCGAGACGUUCAACUCUCCCGCCAUGUAUGUCAACAUCCAAGCCGUUCUGUCCCUGUACGCCUCCGGCCGCACCACGGGGAUCGUGAUGGACUCUGGGGACGGCGUGACCCACACCGUGCCGAUCUACGAGGGGUACGCCCUGCCGCACGCUAUCGAGCGUCUGAACUUGGCCGGGAGGGACCUGACAGACAACCUCAUGAGGAUUCUAACAGAGAGGGGGUACGGCUUGGUGAACUCAGCUGAACGUGAAAUCGUCCGUGACAUCAAGGAGAAGUUGUGCUACGCCGCCCUGGACUUCGAGCAGGAGAUGGCCACGGCCGCCUCCAGUUCCAGUCUGGAGAAGAGUUACGAGCUACCGGACGGACAGGUCAUCACCAUCGGUAACGAGAGGUUCCGCUGCCCAGAGACACUGUUCCAGCCUUCUUUCAUCGGAAUGGAGUCUGUCGGCAUCCAUGAGCUGACGUACAACAGCAUCAUGAAGUGCGACAUCGACAUCCGUAAGGAGCUGUACGCCAACACCGUGCUGUCCGGCGGCACCAGCAUGUUCCCCGGCAUCGCCGACCGUAUGCAGAAGGAGAUCACCGCCCUGGCACCCAGCACCAUGAAGAUCAAGAUCAUCGCUCCUCCCGAGAGGAAGUACUCCGUGUGGAUCGGCGGUUCCAUCCUUGGAUCUUUGUCCACCUUCCAACAGAUGUGGAUCAGCAAGCAAGAGUACGACGAGUCCGGGCCUUCUAUCGUCCACCGUAAAUGCUUCUAGAUUUACUACACGCUUAAUUACUUUAUAGAUUUAUUCAACAUUAAUAACGUCAAUUUAAAACUAGCUGUGUGGUAAUAACUACGCGAUGUUGCUAUAAGCAAGACGUAAAAUAUCUAUAUUCUAUGCAAUCCAAAUUUGCGUACAAACCUUAUUCAGGGCUGGUCCUUGGUGACACUAUACUAUGUAAACAGUCUGGCAUUCUCAAAACGUCCGUAUAGCUAUUGGGUUAGGGAUGCAUGUUUAUGUUGUGCACCUAAAAACAAUGGUUGCUGUAGAAUGCUUACGUUAGAUACUUUUAACUACUACCAGCAAUACGUGGCGUUUUAUAGUUGUAUACUGACUGAAGCAAUUAUAAGCAUACAACCAAUACGAUAUAUUGCAGCUAUCUAUUCUGUGUACUCGUGUUCAAUGGUACCAUCCAUGCUGCAGAGUAGAAGUGCCAUUAUCUGUGUAAUUCAGUUUUAUGAACUGGUAACGUUUACGUUUUAAUAUAUGACGUUAACGUUUUGUUUCUUUACCAUAACAGCCGACGUUACAUCUUGUAAUCAUGGAAUUCUUCGUGCUGUCUUGAGAUACUAACGUUACACUCAAAGUCUAAUAAAAACAUUUUCUUUUGA